UCUGGGAGGGGGAGCCCUGCCUCUUUCCUCAGAUCAAUGCCCUGGCCACUCACUUUCUGAUGUUGCACGACGGGAAAUGCUUUGAAUACUUGCGACAUGGCCGCUUGCAUUGAUUGCCAAGAUUGACAGCAGUAACCAUCGUCUUCUGUCGCUUCUGUUUUAGAGUAGAGAGGGAAAACGCGAUAAAUAUACUUACAACUGCUCUCAGCAGUUUUGACAGUUCAACUUCAUACAGCCAAAGCGGGAUUCCCUCUACGGUCAGUGGAAGCGAUACACUUCAGUUUUUUUUUUCUUUCUUUGCUACUACACAUCAGUGUUCAUUAUUUUUAACCUGUUUUAAAACCAAUCACGGGAUACGGCGAAGACGAGGGCUUAUUUUGGUACCCUGCCUCACAUCAAGGACUUUCUGCCCGUGGAUUUGGGGAGGAACUUGUGGUUUUGUGCAAGUGAAGAGCGUUUCCUAACUGGAUCCGGCGAGCAGAUACCGACAGACGAACGCUUAUGGUGCCAGUCAUUUUCAUGAAUUCAAAAUCAACUCACCAGUGAUCUUUGGGAGCUGGGGAUAAAGUCUUUCUGUUUAUAACCCAAAUGCUGAACAUGGAGGGCUUUCUGCGUAGCAGCUUUUUACUGAGAAUUGGAGGAAGUGUUAUGCCAUCCAGCGCUGAAGUGCUGUGUGAAGAACAGAGAGGGACAGGAGCGGCCAGACAGGCUGAGGGGGACGUUAUCAGAAUCAUGUCUUCCAAGCAAGCCACCUCUCCAUUUACCUCGACCCCUGAUGGAGGUGAGGAUGGAGUGAAUCAGGAGCGUAUGCCCUGGGAGAAGGAGGAGAACUCAGAGUCGCUAGUUGCCCCUCAGCUGCCCCUGCACAAUCUGCUCCACAACAAACCUCCCCUGGAGGAGCUCCAGCCAAUCAGCAGCAGCGUGCCACCCGAAUCCGACUGGGACAGCCUGAUGUCAGCUCAGCAGCGCAUGGUGAGUGCCACUGCCAGCGUUUCUUAGCUCAUUUAAGUGUGCUACCACACGCUAUGUGUGUUUUUUAAUUUCUAAUGAGGUGUAGAUGAGAGAUCACAUUAUUAAAGAUAGUUGGCAGGAUUCAAAGAGUGAAAACUGUCUAGUCAAGUUGAUUCAUCUGGAACGCCACAUAUAUUUUCAGCUCAUGACACAAUCUUACGGCAUAAGCACAACAGGAGUAAAUCUCCAGAUGUGUCCCACCUCUAUUCUCUCUAAACAACACACAUGCACACUUGUACUCCUGCAGAGAGGAAUCCUCAACCCAAGGACACAAGCAGAACAGAGCAGGCCUCUGCGGAAAACUUUUGAAUGACGACUUAAGACUUUGUGAUUUGCCAAGGACUCGGCUUUGAAGUUUAAGUCCCCCACAAGUGCCUGGAGAUCCCGCGCACUGUAAAAAGUGCAGGAGAACAACGUAUUGAAUUGCAUUUCACGUCAGAGCGAUUUUAUGAAUCUAUAAAUAGAGGGACAAUGAGAAAGCGGGACUAGGAGUGGGAAUUCAAGGGAGUUAAGGGAGCCCCCUCCGCUCCUCCGUGG